GGCCUGCAAAAGGACCCACUGUUCAGACAAAAAAAGUAGGAAAAGCUGAAGCCGUUUUAGUAUGGAAACCUCUUUCAGUGGAUGAGCAAAAUGGGUUUAUCAGAUAUUACACUAUAUUAUACAGAACUAUCAGUGGCAAUGAAACAGCUGUGAAAGUGGACCCUUCAAAAACAGAAUAUACCCUCUCCUCCUUAUCCAGUGACACUUUAUAUAUGGUGAAGAUGGAGGCACAUACAGAUGAAGGAGGCACAAGUGGUCCUGUAUUUACAUUUACUACACAAAAGUUUGGUAAGAAAUAAUCACAUAAAAUGUGUAGGGACUAAUUGUAAAAUGGAUUAGUCAUGCAGUUGCUCUCUUAAUUUAUGCACACAGUUUAUUUUUUUUAUUCUAGUAAUA